AGAUACUCAUCUUUCUCCCGACAGGUAAUAUGUGGCCACAGGUAAUGGAAAAAGACAAUAAGAGUUCUUUUGAAGGCUUCAUCCUGGUGGGCUUCUCUGACCGUCCACACCUAGAGCUGAUCCUCUUUGUGGUUGUCCUCACUUUUUACCUGCUGACUCUUCUCGGUAACAUGGCCAUCAUCUUGCUUUCAACCUUGGAUUCCCGGCUGCACACACCAAUGUAUUUCUUUUUGGCCAAUCUCUCAUUCCUAGACAUGUGUUUCACCACAGGGUCCAUCCCUCAGAUGCUCUACAAUCUUUGGGGUCCAGAUAAGACCAUCAGCUACCUGGGUUGUGCCAUCCAGCUUUACUUUGUCCUAGCCCUGGGAGGGGUGGAAUGUAUCCUUCUGGCUGUCAUGGCAUAUGACCGCUAUGCUGCAGUCUGCAAACCCCUGCAGUACACUGUCAUCAUGCACUCACGUCUCUGUGGGCAGCUGGUUUCAGUGGCAUGGUUGAGUGGAUUUGGCAAUUCUCUCAUAAUGGCACCCCAGACGUUGAUGCUACCCCGUUGUGGACACAGGCUGGUGGACCACUUUCUCUGUGAGAUGCCAGCAUUAAUUGGCAUGGCCUGUGUAGAUACCAUGAUCCUUGAGGCGCUGGCUUUUGCCUUGGCAAUCUUUAUCAUACUGACACCACUCAGUCUCAUCCUCAUCUCUUAUAGUUACAUUGCACGAGCAGUGCUUAGGAUCAAAUCAGCAGCUGGGCGAAAGAAAGCUUUCAACACCUGUAGCUCCCACCUAAUUGUUGUCGCUCUCUUCUAUGGUACAAUCAUAUAUAUGUACCUCCAGCCAGCAAACACUUAUUCUCAGGACCAGGGCAAGUUCCUUACUCUCUUCUAUACAAUUGUCACUCCCAGUGUUAAUCCCUUGAUCUAUACACUGAGAAACAAAGAUGUUAAGGAGGCCAUGAAGAAAGUCCUAGGGAAGGGAGGUGCAGAAGUAUAAUAAGAGCUGAUCAAAUUUGGGGUUAUCUUUUGACCCACCAUCCACAUCACCCAUUGCCAUUGUGUCAAUUUUGACUCAUAGCAACCCUAUAGGACAGAGUAGAACUGCUCCAUAGGGUUCCAAGGAGCGGCUUGGUGGAUUUGAAGUGUCGACAUUUUGGUUAGCAGUCAAGCACUUAACUACUGCAGGAACAGGGCUCCUCUUUUGACCCAGCUUCUAUAUAUUUUGCCAGAUCUAUCAAAUAAAAGCAUGCUCUGGCAUUACAGGCUAAAGAUACACUUAA